AUGGCUGAACUUGUGAUCGGUGCUUUUCUCUCUGCUUCUUUUGAUUUUUUGCUGGAAAAGAUAGCUUCUCCUUAUGUUGAGGAGUUCUUCUUCAAGGGAAAUCAAAGUUGUGUUUCUGAGAGGCUUUUCAAGCUGAAGUCAACGUUCAACUGUCUCGCUGCUGUUCGUUUCGAGGUGGAGAACAAGAAAAUCAAAAACCCUGCUGUGGAGAUGUGGCUGGACGAUCUUCUCGACGCUGUGGAUGAUGCUGAGGACUUCUUUGGCGAUGUUGAAUAUGAUGCUCUCAAACCGAAGAAAGCUGCUGAGUCAAGGAAAGCAAGAAGAAAGGCAAGUAAGUUACUCUCUCGUUUCUUCUCCAAACCUUCGAAUUCAAUUGAUCGUAAAAGAAACACCGAUAUGGAAGAGAUUCUUCUGAGAUUGGAGUUGUUGGCAAAUCAAAUUGGAAUCUUGAAUCUAGAAAACAAUGUUGUUGAGGUGAAACCAUCAGAAAUGUUGUUUGUUAAGACUUCACUGCCGGAUGAACCUGAAGUUUAUGGUAGAGAGAAUGACAAGGAUGCUUUAAUGAAGUUAUUAAUGUCAGAUGAUGUAUGCGGUGAUCAAAAGAUAUGUGAUGUCAUUCCCAUAGUGGGAAUGGGUGGGAUUGGAAAAACUACCCUUGCUCAAACCCUUUUCAAUGAUGAAGAAGUGAUGAAGAUGUUUGAACUGAAGGUCUGGGUGUACGUUUCUGAUAAAUUUGACGCCAUGGCUGUGACAAAAACCAUUCUUCGACAAGUAGCUCCGGAUGAUGCUCGUAAUGACAUGGAUUUGAAUUCGCUUCAAGUCAACUUGGCAAAGAAGUUAAUGGGAAAAAAGUUUUUGAUUGUUCUAGACGAUGCUUGGGCGGAUGAUUAUGUUCAGUGGAAGGAAGUGAUGAAGCCUUUCAAGGAUGGAGCCAAAGGCAGCAAAAUAGUAGUAACAACAAGAAACAAGACAGUUGCCGAUAGCAUUGGAACUGUCGAUCCAUACUAUCUCAAAGAAUUAUCAAAAGAUGAGUGUUGGAAACUAUUUGCAAAACAUGCUUCUCGGGGAAAUCUUAAUAUGUUUAAUGAGAAUCCAAGAUUGGAAAGUAUUGGCAGAGAAGUUGCUAAGAAAUGUAAUGGCUUGCCUUUAGCUGCUAAAGUUCUAGGAGGGCUCUUGAGAUCAACGUUGGAUGCUGAGAAGUGGGAACAAAUAGCAAAGAGUAAUAUUUGGGAGCUGACAGAUAAAAGGAGCAAGAUUCUUCCUGCAGCUUUAGAAGUUAUUUAUUUAAAAGACAGGAGUUGGUCUUAA